CCUGCCGACUGAUGAAUGGAGGCGGCGGGGCGCGUGCCAGUAGCGCGCUAUGGGGGUCGGUGGCGGCGGCGUGUGCGCGUUCUGGCGGCGGGUGUCGGGCCCGGAGGAGCAGCGGCUGCUGGAGCUGCUCUCCUACGGGCUGGUGGCGCUGGGCGCCGCCUCCGCCCUGCUCCUCCGCUUCAUCCCCAUGCCCUACGGCCGCUACUCCUCCCGCCGCUUCGGCUGGCUGCUGCCCGCCCGCCUCGCCUGGGCGCUGCAGGAGCUGCCUUCCCUCCUCGUCCCGCUGGGGCUCGCCGCCUGCGGGGGGGCUACCGCCGCCGCCUGGCCCAACCGGCUGCUGCUGGGCUGCUUCGUCCUGCACUACGCGCACAGGUCGCUCAUAUUUCCUCUUCUCAUCCGAGCAGGAAAACCAACACCAUUUUUCACUUUUGUGCUAGCACUUCUGUUCUGUGUUUAUAAUGGAUACUUGCAAGGCCGAAGCUUAAGCAACUAUGCAAAAUACCCUUCAGGCUGGUUAAAAGAUCCACUUUUCAUUACAGGCUUUAUAGGGUGGUUGGUCGGCAUGGCAAUCAAUAUUCAUUCUGAUCAUAUUCUCAGAAAUCUGAGAAAACCAGGGGAAACUGGUUAUAAGAUACCAAGAGGAGGAAUGUUUGAGUAUGUCAGUGGAGCCAACUUCUUUGGAGAGAUCCUGGAAUGGUUUGGGUUUGCCCUUGCCUGCUGCACCAUUGAAAGCCUUGCAUUUGCAUUGUGUACGCUUUUCAUCUUGGGUUCAAGGGCAAAACAGCACCACCAAUGGUACCUUGAGAAAUUUGAAGACUACCCAAAGUGCAGAAAAAUUGUGAUCCCCUUUGUGUACUGAGUUGUGGUUUUAACACUGUUUUUGAAGUGACGGCUGCUUGUAACAGCUAAUGCUUGACAAGCGUUGGCUGGUUAACAACACUCUGAUCAUCACUGUGACAAAGCCUUUGCAUCAGUGCUGCUAUUAGUUACUGCUUUUCCUCUUAACGAAAACCCAAAUCUGAUGGGUGUGGUGAAUAGGAACACAAAAGCUUUUCCAACAGGGGCGCACCAUCAUAAAUACGUUAGGCAAAGCAUCCGUAUUCACAUCAUGGAAAGUACUGUACAGGACUUCUGAUGCUUCCUUUUCUGCCUGUACAGGCUUCUGCUGUUUCCACCUGGCGAGGCCACGCUGUCCUGAAGAUUGUGCAGUGAGCACAGUCGCCCUCACUGCACUCUGGAUGCUGUGUUCUGCCCGUUAUUUGCCUGCAUACACAAAUGGGGUUGACUUUUUUUUUGCUUGCCUUUCUUCCUCCCACCUGCAUUUCCAGGAGAACGGGUGAUGCAGACCAAGGACAUUAGAUGAAUAUAGUUGCUGUUAGGUAAGAGACAGUGUUCUUCCCCCUCUUUGCACUUUUAUGCAGGUAGGGACACUGUAUAGAUAAUACUUAAUGCCAUUUAAAUAAACAGCUGUAGUGCUAAAUUUCCCAAAUAAUAGAUUGUCAUCUGUCUUUCAAAUUUGAUAACUAUCUCAAUAUUCAGUAUGUGUUUUGUCACUCAAUGCUAUUUUUGGAAGGCAUUCUUUAUUUGGGAUACUUAGGCCAGUCUAGCACUGAAAAUUGUAUAAUGUUUUCUAACUUAUAAAAAAACCUUAAGAUUUUUACAAAAUUACCUUACCAUGCUGUUUAAAAAAAAAAAAUCAGGUGUAUUCCUUCUCCUGUUGAUAAUGGUCUAUAUGAUUUUAUAUUCCAAAAAUCUGGAACCUUUUAGUGCUGCUUGUUUUAUUAAUGUCAGUUCUCACUCCCUUACGUUUUUUUUGUGGUUCC